CUUAAAAAGACCCUCCCGCGGCCUCGUCCGAGGCGGCCGCCGGGGAGCUCCUGUGUGAAAUUCUCGUUCCUCGUCCCCGUACCCCCUUCCCGGCGCUGUGCCUGAGAGGUCCUGCCCCUUCUGUGUGAGGAGAGGUGUUUCAGUUGUCCGGCCGCGGUCGGGCCUGUCUCGCCGCUGCCGCAACCCGGGGGUCCGUCCGGGGCCGCCGGAGGCUGCCCGCUGUGCAUCGCGAGGUUUGCUGCUGCUGUGGAAAUGGGGGAGUACGGAGUUGCGCCAGGCCAGCGUGUGGCCGUCAUUUGGGACAGCUCCUCGCAGGUUGAAGCCCUGAAGGAUUUGGUGGCUAAAAUUCAGGCACUGGUGGGAGCUGAUAAUCGUGUGUCUGUGGAAAACAUUAACCAGCUGUCUCAGUCUGCUCACAGGGAGUCCAGUUUUGAUGUAAUUCUCUCUGGCGUAGUACCAGGCAGUGCAGUGCAGCACAGUGCGGAGGUACUGGCAGAAAUAGCGCGAAUACUUAAGCCGGGGGGCCGUGUCCUCCUGAAAGAACCGGUGGUUACAGAAUCAGGAAACAACAGUGCAAUCAAAACAGCAGCCAAACUGCCUACAGCUCUGACUCUCUCUGGCUUGGUGGAAGUGAAGGAGCUGCAAAAGGAAGUGUUGACCCUGGAGGAGGCCCAGUCAGUCCGAGAGCAUUUGGGUUACGAAGGCAAUGACCUUAUCAUUGUUCAGAUAGAAGGCAGGAAGCCCAAUUUUGAAGUGGGGUCCUCAAGUCAGCUCAAACUUUCCUUUGCCAAGAAACCUGGUCCUUCAGGAAAACCAUCAGUGGACCCAGCCGCUGCCAAGCUAUGGACACUCUCUGCCAAUGAUAUGAAUGAUGAAGAGAUGGAUCUUUUGGACUCUGAUGAGCUGCUGGAUUCAGAGGAUUUGAAAAAGCCAGAUCCGUCAUCCCUCAGAGCUCCAUCCUGCAAAGAAAUGGGCAAAAAGAAAGCCUGCAAGAACUGCACAUGUGGCCUGGCUGAGGAGCUGGAACAGGAGAAGAGCUCACAGCCCAAAUCUGCCUGUGGAAAUUGCUACCUGGGGGAUGCAUUCCGCUGUGCCAGCUGCCCUUACCUGGGGAUGCCCGCCUUCAAGCCUGGGGAGAAGAUUCUUCUGAAAGAGAACCAGCUGCAUGAUGCCUAACAAAGAUGUCUCUGGAUGUCCUGCGAAGGACUUCUCUGCUUUCACAUCAGUCUGAGGUUCUUCCUGCAGUCCUCAUCCUCUCAAACUCAUGUUCUCCAGCCAAUACUGGAGAGGGACACUGUGGGCACUGACACUGCGGUGAGCUCGUCACUUGUAAUCAGCCUUGGGCUACCUGAUAAUCUUUGGUGACAAGGUGGUCUCAUGUGUAUUAAGCUUCAUUUUAUGCCUUGUUUUAGCUGGCUUGACUUGAUACUGGGAUGCUGGCUGGCACAGCAUGUCCCACCAGCAGAGGGAAGUAGAAUCGUGUCAGGUUAACUCCAUGUGCUUGUGACAGGACUGGUACUUCCCCAUGCCCAUGUCGUACAGCUCUAAUUUGCCCCGAUUUUCCCUGAUGAAUCAGCAGCUCUGGCUCAGCUCUCAAGGUGACACUGGACUCCUGCUCUCUUUGAAAUUUGAACCUGCAGUUCCUUACCAUGUGAACAUGGCUCAGCAGCUCCUGUUGCAAGUCAGGAGCAGUGGGUACGCUUAGCAGCAUAUACUUUCAGCAGCAUAUGUGAACUCCUUGGUAAAGUCUGGCAGGCAUGAUGAAUUCCAAGUGUUAUGGGAGACUGCUGAUGAUAUCCCCUGCCCCAACCUAUUUCCAUCAAAAUGACAAAGAUUCGGUCCCUCUGAGAAAACUCCUGCCCUUAAGGCAGGGAGCAGAUUAAACAAGAUCUGUCUUGUGCUCCCACACCUUUCUGUCCAACAUGAACUGAUAACACAAGGGCAAUCAGAGACUGUCGCCUCUCUUGGUGGUUACCAAGUGAUUUAGCUGCAGUGUCCAGUAAGUAAGAAUAUAGCAAUAAUUCAAUUUCUAGAUGAUCUGUGAUCACCAUCUGCUCCCACUACACAAGAUAAUGGCUACUCUUUAUUUGUGUAAUUACUGCUAGUGAAGCAUCUGCGUAGAUGCAGGAUGAGGGAGCUGUUCACAUUCUGUGCCAGGCUUGUGUCUCACCCAGGGAGGGAGAGAAGGAGAACCCAAAGCCAGUGUCUCAAGUGGGAUUGCUUUGGAGCUCUUACUCUACAGGUGUGACUGCUUCUUGUGUUGCUACCUGAGUCACACACUAAACUCAUGGAGAGAGCUGGGAUGAAAGGCUGUUCUGUUCUUGAAAUAAAAGUGACCAAUAGAAAAGCAUUUGUUUUAAGACUGGUA